AUGUCGGAAGCCGUGAUCAACGAUGCAUGGCGCCGCCAAUACCUCCACCAGAUGUCUAUGCCCGUGAAUCACUGGCAGGCAGGUCCCGGUCUCGUCGACGGCGGCAUACAGGAUGCCGACCUGAGGAUGUUUCAGCCUGAAGCAGCCGAUUACGAAGAAUCCUACCACAACGACACGAACGAGCUGAUCUCUCAUCUCAACUAUGCCCCGGAGGCAAGCUGGGGUUCGGAUAUGGACAUGGCCACGCCGUCCACGGCUGGCCUCACGAGCGACGCACUUGACGGCUACCACAACCUGCGACACACGAGUACCAUCAACCAGCACCUCAACCUGCAAGUCCGCCACGAGCGAAUGACCUCCGCCGCACACAGUCCUCACAGCUCAUAUAGCGGCAUGAGUCCGCAUCGAUAUCACGUCAAGCCCCACGAAGCUCUUCGCAAGGAAGAACGACCGAAUCUAACCCGAGCGAUCACGGCUCCAGCCAUCGUGGACCAACGACCGCGAAGGAGUGCUUAUACUGCGGGAUCACCACCCGUAAAGCGUUCUGCCAGCGAGGACGAAGACGAUGAAUAUGUUCCCAGCGAGGAUGCCAAACCUCGAGGCCGAAAGCGACAACGCAUUCCGCACACAGCCGUUGAAAGACGCUAUCGCGAGAAUUUAAAUGCACACUUGGACAAGCUUCGCCAGACUGUUCCUUCACUGGUAUCUAAGCCUCCCGCUGGCGCUUCAAAGUUGGGCGGGACUGUGGGAGAAGGAGUAAAGCCGAGCAAGUGUGAGAUUCUCAACGGGGCCAUCGAACACAUUGGUGCGUUGGGUAAGGAGAAUUCGGCGCUAAAGACGGAGUGCAAGGCUUUGAAGUCACGUCUGGAAGAUUUGGAGAGAUGGUUGCCGCACAGGUAG